CUACCAACUAGUAGACCGAUAAGGGGCGUCGCAGGAUGGCCAAGGGAGGCAAGAAGCAGAAGGAGGCCGCUUCGGCGGGCCAGGACGCUGUGCUGGACCUUCGGAUGGACAGCAGCACGCCAGAGGCGCCGCGGGAGGUCGCCGCUGAGGACAGCGGCGGCUUCCAAACGCCGUGCACAAUUACUGGGGUGAUGGCGGGCCUGAGCGGCGGGACUCUGGGCUAUGUGUUCGGAUUCGGCGGCUACUGGAUGCGUCACAUGCGGGGCGGCGGCCAGUGGAAGCCGUCGCUGGCAGAGGGCUGGGGCUCGGCCAAGACGUUUGGCAUCAUGGGUGGGCUCUAUGCCGCCGUCAGCUGCUUCAUGCAGCGCCUGCGCCAGAAGAACGAUGCCUGGAACGGCGCCGCGUCUGGGUGCGCCACGGGGCUGGCGCUGGGCUGGAAGCAGGGCCCGCUGAGCGCGCUGCAGAGCUGCGCCAUGCUGGGAGCCUUUUCUUUCUUCGUGGAUGGCAUGGGAGUGAACCAGGCAGCAGCGGCGGCGGCUGAGAGCCCGGCAGGAGCAUCUGCCGAGCCUCGCGGCGGCGGCGGAAGCGGCGGCAGCAGCGGCAGCAGCGGCAGCCAGUGGUGGCAGGUGCCGCACCACCACCCGCGGCAGCAGCGCAGCGCGCUGGAGCUGCUCCUGUCGCCUGCUGUGCCGCUGCUGGCGGCAAUGGCGCCCUGCGCAUUCGGGGCACCAGAGGGAGGCCCUCCCGGCAGCAGCGCCCCGGCAGGGUGCAGAGUCGUGCGGCGGCGGCGCUGAGCAGCCCCCUCCUGCAUUUGCUUGCCCACCCUUGCCUUGCCUGCCAACCUUGCCUGCAUGUGCCCCUUCUGCCUGCCACCCGCUACUUCACAUCCAUUUCCUACUCCCUCUCAAUCAGCCAUAUCAUUCUCUCUCAAUCAGCCAUCCAUUCUCAACAGCUAAUGUUACAGCUCUUCC